AUGAAGUUUUUUUCUCUUGGUCUCAUAGCUACCCUCUUGGCUGCAGUCAACGCAAUCAAUGAAGAAGAAGAGCGAGGUAAUAUUGGUGGCGAUCCGCACAUCACCACUUGGAAGAAUGAGCACUAUGAAUACCAUGGACAGUGUGAUCUUGUGAUGUUGCAGGAUGAUGAAUUCGCAGAUGGCCUUGGAUUGGACGUCCACAUCCGUACCAAGGUUGUGAGACACUGGUCUUACAUUCAGGGUGUGUCUAUCAAAAUUGGAAAUGAUGUGCUGGAGAUUGAAGGAUCCCCUGAUGCGGAAGAUGAAGAGGCACACUACUGGUUCAACUACGAGUAUCAAGGAGAAGUCGAAGAUAUUGCUGGAUUCCCAGUCAUUAUGAAGAAACAAAUCGCCUACAAGCGUCAAUACAUUCUUGACUUGAGUCCAAAGUAUCCUGGAAAGGAUAUCACUGUUGAGCUCUUUAAGGAAUUUGUGCGCAUCAGGUUGCAUGGAAACGAAGCCAUUUUUGGAAACACAGUUGGUCUUCUUGGAGACUUCAAGUCUGGAAAGACCCUUGCUCGAGAUGGAGUAACUGAACUGGACGACUUUGGUGAUUUCGGUGACGAGUGGCAAGUUUUGCCAAGCGACCCAAGACUCUUCCACCAAAGUUCACAUCCACAAUUCCCCGAAGCCUGCAUCAGGCCAGAGGACCCUCGUGGUGAACGCAAACGCCGCUUGUCAGAGUCCAUUGUCUCUGUCGAACAAGCUGAGGCUGCCUGUGACGAGCUGAAGGACGAAUUAGAUCGCAAGGACUGCGUCUACGACAUCUUGGCUACCCAAGACUUGGACAUGGUCGGUGCCUUUUAA